AUGGGAAGGGACUUGUUAGAUUUGUUCUCCAUGAACAAAUGGAGGUGUUCUUGGUCCCUGGCAGCGACAAUUGCGUCUGUGGUGGCAUUGGUUUCUGUAGUACAUUUGUUUUUGUUCCCUUUGACACCUACUUUCAAUUAUUUUAAGAUAGCUCAAGACUCUUGCAUCCCAGCUAAUCCAUCAGCAGAAUUUCCGAGCAAUUGUGAUAAGGAACAGCCUGCAGUUGAUUUCAAGCUUCAGUUUCCAGCUGAUUUGCACGGAGCAGCUGUUUAUCAGGGUGCACCAUGGAAGGCAGAAAUUGGCCAGUGGCUAGCUGGCUGUGAUUCUAUUAUUAAGGAAGUCAACAUAACUGAGGUGGAAAUAAUUGCAAAAAUGACUGCAGCGGCCAGGGGGUUUGCAAUCGAGAAUUGGGACAAUGUCGAUGUUUUCAUGGUUAUUCUGGACCUUAGGCGCUUUCAUCGUGCAUACCUUCAGCUCAAACAACCUGCUGUUGGAUUUACCCUCUUUUCUGGAGGGCAGGAUCCCAAAAGCUCAUUUUGGAGGAUUUUUUACAUGCCCUCACGUGUGCUCACAAGUGCAUUGCCUCUGCAGUAUUUGGAGCAUAGUUACAAGGAUUUCCACACUGGUACCAAAGCCUUGAAGGAUGAGAAUUGGAUUCAAGUCAUGAAUGAUGAGAUGAGUGCAUUGGAAAUUAUGCCAGGGAUGGAUGCACUGAAGAAUUGCAAUUGGAAUGCAACUACGAAGGAUCAUCAGAUCUACCAUUUGGGCGAUGGGUUGUCUCAAUUUGCCCUGCCAACUGUGACAAGACAAGAGCAAUGUGCUUCUGUGGAGAAGGCACAAAAUAUCCAAAUAGACCAUUGGCAGAGACAUGUGGUUUUCAAUUUAAGUAUUCCUCCAUCUGAACCUGAUGGUCCCAGACUAGUGAAUUGGUCAAGAGUUGACAAUGAUGUGUUCACAACUAAUAGUAGCAUACAGGGUUGGUGUAAUGUGGAUCCAGCUGAAGCAUAUGCUGGAAAGGCAAAAAUUAAAGAAGAAUGUGACUGCAAAUAUGAUGGUCUUUGGGGCCGACUUUGUGAAGUGCCUGUAGAAUCUGUUUGUAUUAAUCAAUGCUCUAGACAUGGCCACUGUCGUGGUGGAUUUUGUCAGUGUGAAAAUGGCUGGUAUGGAGUAGAUUGCAGCAUGCCAUCUGUUAUUUCUUCUAUAAGAGAGUGGCCUACUUGGCUUCGUCCUGCUCGGGUUGAUAUUGCUGACGAUGCUCAUUCCAAUGGAAAAAUAAUUAAUCUCAAUGCUGUGGUAGCAAAGAAAAGGCCUCUUAUAUAUAUUUAUGAUUUGCCCCCAGAGUUCAACAGCUUGCUACUUGAGGGACGCCAUUUUAAGUUAGAGUGUGUAAAUAGAAUUUAUGAUGGCAAUAAUGUAACAUUAUGGACAGAUCAAUUGUAUGGUGCCCAGAUGGCACUUUAUGAAAGUUUGUUAGCUAGUCCUCAUCGAACACUAAAUGGCGAAGAGGCAGACUUUUUCUUUGUUCCUGUUCUUGAUUCAUGUAUCAUAACUCGUGCUGAUGAUGCUCCCCACUUGAGUAUGCAGGACCAUAUGGGAUUGAGGAGCUUUCUCACUUUGGAAUAUUAUAAGAAGGCAUAUAGUCACAUUGUUGAGCAAUAUCCUUAUUGGAAUCACUCAUCAGGAAUGGACCACAUCUGGUUUUUUUCUUGGGAUGAAGGUGCUUGCUAUGCUCCUAAGGAGAUAUGGAACAGCAUGAUGUUAGUUCACUGGGGAAACACAAACUCAAAGCAUAAUCAUUCAACUACAGCCUAUUGGGCUGACAACUGGGAUAGAAUUCCGUCCAACAAAAGAGGCAUUCAUCCAUGUUUUGACCCUGACAAAGAUCUCGUGCUUCCUGCGUGGAAAGUUCCUGAUGCUAGUGUGUUGACUUCAAAACUUUGGGCUCGGUCCCAUGAGAACCGGAAGACUCUGUUCUAUUUCAAUGGGAAUUUAGGACCAGCGUACCCUCAUGGAAGACCAGAAGAUUCGUAUAGCAUGGGUAUCAGACAGAAGCUGGCAGAAGAGUUUGGAUCAAGUCCUAACAAGGAUGGAAAACUUGGGAAACAGCAUGCCAAAGACGUCAUUGUGACCCCCGAGCGUUCUGAAAACUAUCACAUGGAUCUAGCAAGUUCUGUUUUCUGCGGAGUGUUUCCUGGAGAUGGCUGGAGUGGUCGCAUGGAAGACAGUAUUUUGCAAGGAUGCAUUCCGGUGGUCAUUCAGGAUGGAAUUUUCCUACCAUACGAGAAUGUGCUCAACUAUGAUAGCUUUGCAGUUCGAAUAUCUGAAGAGGAAAUUCCAAACCUCAUAAACAUUCUUCGGGGAUUCAAUGAGACAGAAAUCAAAUUCAAGCUGGCAAAUGUUCAGAAAAUAUGGCAAAGAUUCUUAUACCGUGAUUCUGUUUUACUUGAAGCUGAAAGGCAAAAAACUACUCUUGGACAUGUUGAUGAUUGGGCAAUUGAAUUCUUAAAACUGACUGAGGAUGAUGUCUCCGCCACUUUAAUACAGGUUUUGCAUUACAAGUUGCAUAAUGACCCUUGGAGGAAACAAGUUCGCCACAACAAACAGUUUGGAUUACCUCACCAGUGUCUGGUAACCACCAGCUGA